AUGCAUUUCACUACCAUCCUCGCUACCUCCGCCGCCGUCGGUGGUGCCCUUGCCGGUGUCUACCAGGAAGAGCCAGUCUACUACACCUCCGCCGAGCAGGUCUACACCUCCAUCAAGACCUGCACUGACAAGCCAGUCGCCCCAACCACCGACUCUGUCUACGUCCCAACCAGCGAGCCAGUCUACGGUGGUGAGGAGCCAACCACUGAGGCUCCAGUCUACAACCCAGAGCCCACUGGAUACGGUCCCUCCGAGGUCACCUACACCAGCUACGAUGUCAUCACCGUCACUUCUUGUGCCGGAUAUGUCACCGACUGCCCAGCUGCCACUUACACCUCUCCAGUCUACUCCGUAAGCACCUGCACUGAUACCCCAGUCCCAACCGGUGGAUACGAAGUCCCAAGCAACAACACCGCCACCUACGAAGUCCCACCACCAACCUACGAGACCGAGACCCCAGAGUACCCAACCUCUGUCCCAGUCUACGAGAACCCAUCCACUACUGAUGUCUACACCCACACCUACUACACCACCGUCUGCCCUGGAAAGGACUACUGCUAUGCUACCACCGUCACCUCCACCUACUGCCCUGGAAAGCCAACUGAAGUCCCAAGCUACACCAAGCCAGUUGAGGUUCCAAGCUAUACCAAGCCAGUUGAGGUCCCAAGCUACACCAAGCCACCAGUUGACACCCCCACCUAUACCCCACCUACCCCCAACUGCCCAGGUGGUGACUACUGCCCACCAACCCCACCAAAGAACGAGACUGAGACCCCAACCUACACUCCACCACCAAGCUACACUGGUGCUGCCUCCACCAACUUCGUUUCCUUUGGCGUUGCUGCCGUUGCUGGUCUUGCCGCUCUCUUCAUUGCUGCGUAA